GCGUGACCUCAUGGCCUGAUACCAUUUCCUUAAGAAACAAGUGAAGAAGCAUUCAAGAAAAAUGGCAUUUGUUGCAACACAAGGGGCCACGGUGGUUGAUCAAACCACUCUGAUGAAAAAAUACCUUCAGUUUGUGGCAGCUCUCACCGAUGUGAAUACACCUGAUGAGACAAAGCUGAAGAUGAUGCAAGAAGUCAGUGAAAAUUUUGAGAAUGUGACGUCAUCACCUCAGUAUUCUACAUUCCUGGAACACAUCAUCCCUCGGUUUCUGACUUUUCUUCAAGAUGGGGAAGUACAGUUUCUCCAGGAGAAACCAGCCCAGCAACUGCGGAAGCUAGUACUUGAAAUAAUUCAUAGAAUACCAACCAACGAACAUCUUCGUCCUCACACAAAAAAUGUUUUGUCAGUGAUGUUUCGAUUUUUAGAGACGGAAAAUGAAGAAAAUGUUCUUAUUUGUUUAAGAAUAAUUAUUGAACUACACAAACAGUUCCGGCCUCCAAUCACACAAGAAAUCCAUCACUUUCUGGAUUUUGUGAAGCAAAUUUACAAAGAGCUUCCAAAAGUCGUGAACCGCUACUUUGAGAACCCUCAGGUGAUCCCGGAAAACACAAUUCCUCCCCCGGAAAUGGUUGGCAUGAUAACCACACUCGCUGUGAAGGUGAACCCCGAGCGCGAGGACAGCGAGACAAGAACGCAUUCCAUCAUUCCUAGGGGCUCGCUGUCUCUGAAAGUGUUGGCCGAAUUGCCCAUUAUUGUUGUUUUAAUGUAUCAGCUCUACAAGCUGAAUAUCCACAAUGUCGUUGCCGAAUUUGUGCCUUUGAUCAUGAAUACCAUUGCAAUUCAGGUAUCUGCGCAAGCCAGGCAACAUAAACUUUAUAAUAAAGAGUUAUAUGCUGACUUCAUUGCUGCUCAGAUUAAAACAUUGUCAUUCUUAGCUUAUAUCAUCCGAAUUUACCAGGAGCUGGUGACGAAGCACUCCCAGCAGAUGGUAAAAGGCAUGUUGCAGUUGCUUUCGAAUUGUCCCGCGGAGACGGCACACCUCAGGAAGGAACUUCUGAUUGCUGCAAAACACAUUCUCACCACAGAACUAAGAAACCAGUUCAUUCCUUGCAUGGACAAGCUGUUUGAUGAAUCUAUCCUAAUUGGUUCGGGAUAUACUGCACGGGAGACUCUAAGGCCCCUUGCCUACAGCACCCUGGCUGACCUGGUCCACCACGUGCGUCAGCACCUGCCCCUCGGAGACCUCUCCCUUGCGGUUCAGCUCUUCGCCAAGAACAUCGACGACGAGUCCCUGCCCAGUAGCAUCCAGACCAUGUCCUGCAAACUCCUCCUGAACCUGGUGGACUGCAUCCGCUCCAAGAGCGAGCAGGAGAGCGGCAACGGGAGGGAUGUCCUGAUGCGGAUGCUCGAGGUGUUUGUUCUCAAGUUCCACACCAUCGCUCGCUACCAGCUCUCUGCCAUUUUUAAGAAGUGCAAACCCCAGUCGGAACUUGGGGCCGUGGAAGCCACGCUGCCUGGGGUGCCCAAUGCCCCUGCUGCGCCUGGCCCAGCUCCCUCCCCGGCCCCUGUGCCCACCCCUGCCCCACCCCCUCCCCCACCUCCAACCCCAGCUACACCUGUGACUCCCGCACCAGUGCCUCCCUUUGAGAAGCAAGGAGAAAAGGACAAGGAAGACAAACAGACCUUCCAAGUCACAGACUGCCGAAGCCUGGUGAAAACCCUGGUCUGUGGCGUCAAGACCAUCACGUGGGGGAUAACAUCGUGCAAAGCACCUGGUGAAGCUCAGUUCAUUCCCAACAAGCAGCUGCAGCCCAAAGAGACUCAGAUUUACAUAAAGCUCGUGAAGUACGCAAUGCAGGCGCUAGACAUCUAUCAGGUCCAGAUUGCAGGCAAUGGACAGACAUACAUUCGCGUUGCAAACUGCCAGACGGUUAGAAUGAAGGAAGAGAAGGAAGUUCUGGAACACUUUGCCGGCGUGUUCACCAUGAUGAACCCCUUGACGUUCAAAGAGAUCUUUCAAACCACAGUCCCUUAUAUGGUGGAAAGGAUCUCGAAAAACUACGCCCUUCAGAUUGUUGCCAAUUCCUUCUUGGCAAAUCCUAGUACCUCUGCUCUGUUUGCGACCAUUCUAGUGGAGUAUCUCCUUGACCGUUUGCCAGAAAUGGGCUCCAACGUGGAGCUCUCCAACCUUUACCUCAAGUUGUUUAAGUUGGUCUUCGGCUCCGUCUCCCUCUUUGCAGCGGAAAACGAGCAGAUGCUGAAGCCUCACCUGCACAAGAUUGUGAACAGUUCGAUGGAGCUCGCACAGACUGCCAAGGAGCCCUACAACUACUUCCUGUUGCUCCGGGCGCUGUUCCGCUCCAUUGGGGGAGGAAGCCACGACCUCCUCUAUCAGGAGUUCCUACCUCUCCUUCCAAACCUCCUCCAAGGACUGAACAUGCUGCAGAGUGGCCUGCACAAGCAGCACAUGAAGGACCUCUUCGUGGAGCUGUGCCUCACAGUGCCCGUGCGCCUGAGCUCGCUCCUGCCCUACCUGCCCAUGCUGAUGGACCCCUUGGUGUCAGCGCUCAAUGGCUCGCAGACCCUGGUCAGCCAGGGCCUCAGGACCCUGGAGUUGUGUGUGGACAACUUGCAGCCGGAUUUCCUCUAUGACCACAUUCAGCCGGUGCGCGCUGAGCUUAUGCAGGCCCUCUGGCGCACGCUGCGCAACCCUGCGGACAGCAUCUCGCACGUGGCCUACCGUGUCCUCGGCAAGUUCGGCGGCAGCAACAGGAAGAUGUUGAAAGAGUCCCAGAAGCUGCACUAUGUGAUGACUGAAGUCCAGGGGCCCAGUAUCACCGUGGAGUUCUCUGACUGUAAAGCUUCCCUUCAGCUCCCAAUGGAGAAGGCCAUUGAAACUGCUCUGGACUGCCUGAAAAGUGCCAACACGGAGCCCUACUACCGGCGGCAGGCCUGGGAGGUGAUCAAGUGCUUCCUGGUGGCCAUGAUGAGCCUGGAGGACAACAAGCAUGCCCUCUACCAGCUCCUUGCCCACCCCAACUUUACAGAAAAGACCAUACCCAGUGUCAUCAUUUCCCAUCGGUAUAAAGCACAAGACACUCCGGCCCGGAAAACCUUUGAGCAGGCUCUGACUGGGGCCUUCAUGUCUGCUGUCAUCAAGGACCUCCGGCCCAGUGCCCUGCCAUUUGUAGCCAGCCUGAUCCGCCACUACACUAUGGUGGCUGUGGCCCAGCAGUGUGGCCCCUUCUUGCUGCCCUGCUACCAGGUGGGCAGCCAGCCCAGCACGGCCAUGUUUCAUAGCGAGGAAAACGGGUCCAAAGGCAUGGACCCCCUGGUUCUCAUCGACGCCAUCGCUAUUUGCAUGGCCUACGAAGAGAAGGAACUAUGCAAAAUCGGGGAGGUGGCCCUAGCCGUGAUAUUUGACGUCGCCAGCAUCAUCCUGGGCUCCAAGGAGAGGGCGUGCCAGCUGCCCCUCUUCUCCUACAUCGUGGAGCGCCUGUGUGCCUGCUGCUACGAGCAGGCCUGGUACGCCAAGCUGGGCGGCGUGGUGUCCAUCAAGUUCCUCAUGGAGCGGCUGCCGCUCACGUGGGUGCUGCAGAACCAGCAGACCUUCCUCAAAGCGCUGCUCUUUGUCAUGAUGGACCUGACUGGCGAGGUUUCCAACGGUGCUGUUGCCAUGGCGAAGACCACCCUGGAGCAGCUCCUGAUGAGGUGUGCGGCACCCUUAAAAGACGAGGAGCGAGCCGAAGAGAUCCUGGCAGCUCAGGAAAAGUCCUUCCACCAUGUGACACACGAUUUGGUCCGAGAAGUCACUUCCCCAAACUCCACUGUGAGGAAGCAGGCCAUGCACUCGCUGCAGGUGUUGGCCCAGGUCACUGGGAAGAGUGUGACGGUGAUCAUGGAGCCCCACAAGGAGGUCCUCCAAGACAUGGUCCCUCCCAAGAAGCAUCUGCUCAGGCACCAGCCUGCCAAUGCGCAGAUCGGCCUGAUGGAGGGGAACACCUUCUGCACCACGCUGCAGCCCAGGCUCUUCACGAUGGACCUGAACGUGGUGGAGCACAAGGUGUUCUACACAGAGUUGUUGAACUUGUGUGAGGCCGAAGAUUCAGCCCUGACCAAGCUACCUUGUUACAAGAGCCUUCCGUCGCUGGUCCCUUUGCGCAUUGCAGCCUUAAAUGCCCUUGCCGCCUGCAACUACCUCCCUCAGUCCAGAGAGAAGAUCAUCGCCGCCCUCUUCAAAGCCCUCAACUCCACCAACAGCGAGCUCCAGGAGGCCGGGGAAGCCUGCAUGAGAAAGUUUUUAGAAGGUGCAACAAUAGAAGUAGAUCAGAUUCACACACACAUGAGACCUUUGUUGAUGAUGCUGGGAGAUUAUCGAAGCUUGACGUUGAAUGUUGUGAACCGCCUGACCUCGGUCACGAGGCUCUUCCCAAAUUCCUUUAAUGAUAAAUUUUGUGACCAGAUGAUGCAACAUCUGCGCAAGUGGAUGGAAGUGGUGGUCAUCACCCACAAAGGGGGCCAGAGGAGCGACGGAAACGAAGGCAUGUCAGAGUGCGGGCGGUGCUCCCUGUCUCCAUUCUGUCAGUUUGAGCCUGCCGUGGAAGGGGUAGAGGAAAUGAAGAUCUGCUCAGCAAUUAUCAACCUUUUCCACCUGAUCCCAGCUGCACCUCAGACUCUGGUCAAGCCUUUGUUGGAGGUGGUCAUGAAGACAGAGCGGGCCAUGUUGAUCGAGGCUGGCAGCCCCUUCCGGGAGCCUCUGAUCAAGUUCCUGACCCGGCACCCCUCCCAGACGGUGGAGCUGUUCAUGAUGGAGGCCACGCUGAACGACCCCCAGUGGAGCAGGAUGUUCAUGAGCUUCCUGAAACACAGAGAUGCCAGACCUCUCCGAGACGUGCUGGCUGCCAACCCGAACAGGUUCAUCACCCUACUGCUGCCCGGCGGCACGCAGGCGGCUGUGCGCCCCGGCUCCCCCAGCACCAGCACCCUGCGCCUGGACCUCCAGUUCCAGGCCAUCAAGAUCAUCAGUAUCAUUGUCAAGAACGACGACACCUGGCUGGCCAAUCAGCAUUCCUUGGUGAGCCAGCUGAGGCGCGUGUGGGUCAGUGACCUCUUCCAGGAAAGGCACCGCAAGGAGAACAUGGCCGCCACCAACUGGAAGGAGCCCAAGCUGCUGGCCUUCUGCCUCCUGAAUUACUGCAAGAGGAAUUACGGCGAUAUCGAGCUGCUCUUCCAGCUGCUGCGUGCCUUCACUGGCCGCUUUCUCUGCAACAUGACGUUCCUGAAGGACUACCUGGAGGAGGAGAUUCCCAAGAGCUACACCAUCGCCCAGAAACGGGCCUUGUUCUUUCGCUUUGUAGACUUAAAUGACCCCAACUUCGGAGAUGAGCUAAAAGCCAAGGUCCUGCAGCACAUCUUGAACCCAGCCUUCUUGCACAGCUUUGAAAAGGGGGAAGGAGAGCAGCUCUUGGGCCCCCCAAAUCCCGAGGGAGACAACCCGGAGAGCAUCACCAGCGUGUUCAUAACCAAGGUGCUGGACCCCGAGAAGCAGGCCGACAUGCUGGACUCGCUGCGCAUCUACCUCUUGCAGUAUGCCACGCUGCUGGUGGAGCAUGCGCCCCACCACAUCCACGACAACAACAAGAACCGCAACAGCAAGCUGCGCCGGCUGAUGACCUUCGCCUGGCCCUGCUUGCUGUCCAAGGCCUGCGUCGACCCCGCCUGCAAGUACAGCGGCCACCUGCUCCUGGCCCACAUCAUCGCCAAGUUCGCCAUCCAUAAGAAGAUCGUGCUUCAGGUGUUCCACAGUCUUCUCAAGGCCCACGCGAUGGAGGCCCGGGCCAUCGUGAGACAGGCCAUGGCCAUCCUGACGCCCGCAGUACCGGCCAGGAUGGAGGAUGGCCAUCAGAUGCUGACCCACUGGACCCGCAAGAUCAUCGUGGAGGAGGGCCACACAGUGCCGCAGCUGGUGCACAUCCUGCACCUAAUCGUGCAGCACUUCAAGGUGUACUACCCCGUGCGCCACCACCUGGUGCAGCACAUGGUCAGCGCCAUGCAGAGGCUGGGCUUCACGCCCAGCGUCACCAUCGAGCAGAGGCGGCUGGCGGUGGACCUGUCGGAGGUCGUCAUCAAGUGGGAGCUGCAGAGAAUCAAGGACCAACAGCCGGACUCGGAUGUGGAUCCAAACUCGAGCGGAGAAGGUGUCAACUCUGUCUCGUCUAUGAAGAGAGGCUUGUCUGUGGACUCUGCCCAGGAAGUGAAGCGCUUCCGGACAGCCACCGGGGCCAUCAGUGCAGUGUUUGGGAGGAGCCAGUCGCUGCCCGGAGCAGACUCCCUUCUGGCCAAGCCCAUCGACAAGCUGCACACCGACACAGUGGUGAACUUCCUCAUCCGAGUGGCCUGCCAGGUGAACGACAACACCAACACAGCGGGCUCUCCCGGGGAGGUGCUCUCCCGCCGCUGCGUCAAUCUCCUGAAGACGGCCCUUCGGCCAGACAUGUGGUCCAAGUCCGAACUCAAGCUCCAGUGGUUCGACAAGCUGCUGAUGACCGUGGAGCAGCCCAGCCAGGUGAACUACGGGAACAUCUGCACGGGGCUGGAGGUGCUGAGCUUCCUGCUCACCGUCCUCCAGUCCCCCGCCAUCCUCAGCAGCUUCAAGCCCCUGCAGCGCGGAGUGGCGGCCUGCAUGACUUGCGGGAACACCAAAGUCCUGCGAGCUGUCCACAGCCUCCUCUCGCGCCUCAUGAGCGUGUUCCCCACAGAGCCGAGCACCUCCAGUGUGGCCUCUAAGUACGAAGAGCUGGAGUGCCUCUAUGCGGCCGUGGGCAAGGUCAUCUACGAGGGGCUCACCAGCUAUGAGAAGGCUGCCAAUGCCAAUCCGUCCCAGCUCUUUGGCACGCUCAUGAUGCUCAAGUCGGCCUGCAGCAACAACCCCAGCUACAUCGACAGGCUCAUCUCCGUGUUCAUGCGCUCGCUGCAGAAGAUGGUGCGCGAGCACCUGAACCCCCAGGCCACCUCAGGAAGCACAGACGCCGCCUCAGGGACCAGCGAGCUGGUGAUGCUCAGCCUGGAGCUGGUGAAGACUCGGCUGGGUGUGAUGAGCACGGAGAUGCGCAAGAGCUUCAUCCAGGCCAUCCUGACGUCCCUCAUCGAGAAAUCACCCGACGCCAAGAUCCUCCGCGCCGUGGUCAAGAUUGUGGAGGAAUGGGUCAAGAACAACUCACCGAUGGCAGCCAAUCAGACACCUACGCUCCGGGAGAAGUCCAUCCUGCUGGUGAAAAUGAUGACCUACAUAGAGAAGCGUUUUCCCGAAGACCUUGAAUUAAAUGCCCAGUUCUUAGACCUCGUGAACUACGUCUACAGGGAUGAGACCCUGUCGGGCAGCGAGCUGACCGCCAAGCUGGAGCCCGCCUUCCUCUCCGGGCUGCGCUGCGCCCAGCCGCUCAUCAGGGCCAAGUUUUUCGAGGUUUUCGACAGCUCGAUGAAACGCCGUGUAUAUGAGCGCCUGCUCUAUGUGACCUGCUCCCAGAACUGGGAGGCCAUGGGGAGCCACUUCUGGGUCAAGCAGUGCAUCGAGCUGCUCCUGGCUGUGUGUGAGAGGAGCACUCCCAUUGGCACCAGCUGCCAGGGGGCCAUGCUCCCGUCUAUCACCAACGUCAUCAACCUGGCCGACAGCCACGACCGAGCCGCCUUCGCCAUGGUCACGCACGUCAAGCAGGAGCCCCGAGAGCGAGAGAACAGCGAGUCCAAGGAGGAGGACGUGGAGAUAGAUAUUGAACUAGCGCCCGGAGAUCAGACCAGCACACCCAAGACCAAAGAACUUUCAGAAAAGGACAUUGGAAACCAGCUGCACAUGUUAACCAACAGGCACGACAAAUUUCUGGAUACUCUGCGGGAAGUGAAGACGGGGGCCCUGCUCAGCGCCUUUGUCCAGCUGUGCCACAUUUCCACAACGCUAGCCGAGAGGACGUGGGUCCAGCUCUUUCCCAGGCUCUGGAAGAUUCUGUCCGACAGACAGCAGCAUGCGCUGGCUGGCGAGAUCAGCCCGUUCCUGUGUAGCGGCAGCCACCAGGUGCAGCGCGACUGCCAGCCCAGCGCCCUGAACUGCUUUGUGGAAGCCAUGUCCCAGUGUGUGCCCCCCAUCCCCAUCCGGCCCUGUGUGCUCAAGUACUUGGGGAAGACGCACAACCUGUGGUUCCGCUCCACACUGAUGCUGGAGCACCAGGCCUUCGAGAAGGGGCUGAGCCUGCAGAUCAAGCCGAAGCAGACGACGGAGUUCUAUGAGCAGGAGAGCAUCACCCCACCCCAGCAGGAGAUCCUGGACUCGCUGGCCGAGCUGUACUCGCUGCUGCAGGAGGAAGACAUGUGGGCCGGCCUGUGGCAGAAGCGGUGCAAGUACUCGGAGACGGCGACGGCCGUCGCCUAUGAGCAGCACGGGUUUUUUGAGCAGGCCCAGGAAUCCUACGAGAAGGCCAUGGACAAGGCCAAAAAGGAGCACGAGCGGAGUAGUGCGUCCCCUGCCCUCUUCCCUGAGUACCAGCUCUGGGAGGACCACUGGAUCCGGUGCUCGAAAGAGCUGAACCAAUGGGAGGCCCUGACAGAGUACGGCCAGUCGAAGGGCCACAUCAACCCCUACCUGGUCCUUGAGUGUGCCUGGCGGGUCUCCAACUGGACCGCCAUGAAGGAGGCGCUGGUGCAGGUGGAAGUCAGCUGUCCCAAGGAGAUGGCCUGGAAGGUGAACAUGUACCGAGGCUACCUGGCCAUCUGCCACCCCGAGGAGCAGCAGCUCAGCUUCAUCGAGCGGCUGGUGGAGAUGGCCAGCAGCUUGGCCAUUCGGGAGUGGCGGCGGCUGCCUCACGUGGUGUCCCACGUGCACACGCCCCUCCUCCAGGCCGCUCAGCAGAUCAUUGAGCUCCAGGAGGCGGCCCAGAUCAACGCCGGCCUGCAGCCCAACAACCUGGGCCGCAACAACAGCCUCCACGACAUGAAGACGGUGGUGAAGACCUGGCGCAACAGGCUGCCCAUCGUCUCGGACGACCUGUCCCACUGGAGCAGCAUCUUCAUGUGGCGGCAGCACCACUACCAAGCUAUCGUGACUGCGUAUGAAAACAGCUCCCAGCACGAUCCCAGCUCCAACAACGCUAUGCUCGGCGUCCACGCCUCGGCCUCGGCCAUCAUCCAGUACGGGAAAAUCGCCCGGAAACAAGGGCUGGUCAACGUGGCCCUGGACAUCCUCAGUCGCAUUCACACCAUCCCAACCGUCCCCAUCGUGGACUGCUUCCAGAAGAUUCGACAGCAAGUCAAAUGCUACCUGCAGCUGGCUGGGGUCAUGGGGAAGAACGAGUGCAUGCAGGGCCUUGAAGUUAUCGAAUCGACAAACUUGAAAUACUUCACCAAAGAGAUGACGGCUGAGUUCUACGCCCUGAAGGGAAUGUUCUUGGCUCAGAUCAACAAGUCUGAGGAAGCCAACAAAGCCUUCUCGGCGGCCGUGCAGAUGCACGAUGUGCUGGUGAAAGCCUGGGCCAUGUGGGGGGACUACCUGGAGAACAUCUUCGUGAAGGAGCGGCAGCUGCACCUCGGUGUGUCUGCCAUCACCUGCUACCUGCACGCCUGUCGGCAUCAGAAUGAGAGCAAGUCCAGGAAGUACCUGGCCAAGGUGCUGUGGCUGCUGAGUUUUGACGACGACAAGAACACGCUGGCCGAUGCCGUGGACAAGUACUGCAUCGGCGUGCCUCCCAUCCAGUGGCUGGCCUGGAUCCCGCAGCUGCUCACCUGCCUGGUCGGCUCGGAGGGCAAGCUGCUUCUGAACCUCAUCAGCCAGGUUGGACGAGUGUACCCACAGGCUGUGUACUUCCCCAUCCGGACGCUGUACCUGACGCUGAAGAUCGAGCAGCGGGAACGCUACAAGAGUGAUUCUGGACAGCAGCAGCCCAGUUCAGUGGGUAACCAGUCCCAUUCUGCAUCAGAUCCAGGGCCCAUAAGAGCCACGGCCCCCAUGUGGCGCUGCAGCCGAAUCAUGCACAUGCAGCGGGAGCUGCACCCCACCCUGCUGUCGUCCCUGGAGGGCAUCGUCGACCAGAUGGUCUGGUUUCGGGAGAACUGGCACGAGGAGGUGCUCAGGCAGCUGCAGCAGGGCCUGGCCAAGUGCUACUCGGUGGCCUUCGAGAAGAGCGGGGCCGUGUCUGACGCCAAGAUCACCCCCCACACUCUCAACUUCGUCAAGAAGCUGGUGAGCACGUUCGGGGUGGGCCUGGAGAAUGUGUCCAACGUGUCCACCAUGUUCUCCAGCGCGGCCUCCGAGUCUCUUGCCCGGCGGGCCCAGGCCACCGCCCAGGACCCUGUCUUCCAGAAGCUGAAAGGCCAGUUCACAACGGAUUUUGACUUCAGUGUUCCGGGGUCCAUGAAGCUUCAUAACCUCAUCUCCAAACUGAAGAAAUGGAUUAAGAUCCUGGAGGCCAAGACAAAACAGCUCCCCAAGUUCUUCCUCAUCGAGGAGAAGUGCCGCUUCCUGAGCAACUUCUCGGCGCAGACCGCCGAGGUGGAGAUCCCGGGCGAGUUCCUGAUGCCAAAGCCCACACACUAUUACAUCAAGAUUGCUCGGUUCAUGCCCAGGGUGGAGAUCGUGCAGAAGCACAACACAGCCGCCCGCAGGCUAUACAUCCGCGGGCACAACGGCAAGAUCUACCCAUACCUGGUCAUGAACGACGCCUGCCUGACCGAGUCGCGCCGCGAGGAGCGCGUGCUGCAGCUGCUGCGCCUGCUCAACCCCUGCCUGGAGAAGAGGAAGGAGACCACCAAGAGGCACCUGUUCUUCACAGUCCCCCGCGUGGUGGCUGUGUCCCCACAGAUGCGCCUGGUGGAGGACAACCCCUCCUCCCUGUCCCUGGUGGAGAUCUACAAGCAACGCUGUGCCAAGAAGGGCAUUGAGCAUGACAACCCCAUCUCCCGCUACUACGACAGGCUGGCCACGGUGCAGGCCCGGGGCACCCAGGCCAGCCACCAGGUCCUGCGGGACAUCCUCAAGGAGGUGCAGAGCAAUAUGGUGCCACGCAGCAUGCUCAAGGAGUGGGCACUGCACGCCUUCCCCAGCGCCACCGACUACUGGACCUUCCGCAAGAUGCUGACCCUCCAGCUGGCCCUCAUCGGUUUUGCCGAGUUCGUACUGCACCUGAAUCGGCUCAACCCCGAGAUGCUGCAGAUUGCUCAGGACACCGGCAAGCUGAAUGUCGCCUACUUCCGGUUUGACAUCAACGACGCGACCGGAGACCUGGACGCCAACCGCCCUGUCCCGUUCCGCCUCACCCCCAACAUCUCUGAGUUCCUGACCACCAUUGGGGUCUCCGGCCCACUGACUGCGUCCAUGAUCGCCGUCGCCCGGUGCUUUGCCCAGCCAAACUUCAAGGUGGACGGCAUCCUGAAGACGGUGCUGCGGGAUGAGGUCAUCGCGUGGCAUAAGAAGACCCAGGAGGACACGUCCUCCCCGCUCUCGGCGGCCGGGCAGCCGGAGAACAUGGACAGCCAGCAGCUGGUCUCCCUCGUCCAGAAGGCCGUGACGGCCAUUGUGACCCGCCUGCACAACCUGGCCCAGUUUGAGGGCGGGGAGAGCAAGGUGAACACCCUGGUGGCCGCGGCUAAUAGCCUGGACAACCUGUGCCGCAUGGACCCUGCCUGGCACCCGUGGCUGUGACGUGGCGUCCUGCUGUUGCUGCGUGAAGACGGGCUCUGAGCCUUCGGCGCUGCCUUCCUGGACCAGCUCCCCACCCCCCUCUUGAAUUAUUUUUAUCGUGCCCCCCCCCUCCCACCUUUGUGAAUGUACAGCUGAAACUGUCUGCCGUCCAGCAGCCUGCACGGAACCUAGAGGCGCGCUGGCCACAUGGACGGACAUCUGUGGGGCCGGUGGGGUGCCCUCCAGCCUUGGGUCUCCCCAGAGCUGGCAGGUGGCCCUCGGAGCGGCUUCUCUGGGUGUCGGGCAUGUGGUCUGCCACUGUACUUGGAAUUGCUUUUCCUCCCUAAUUUAAGAAAAAACAGGAACAAGCGUUCUCAGCCAUGGGUUCUGUUAGGCCCGCGUUUUAUAAAUCUGCACAGUGAGAUGUUCUAUUGAAAUUUGUACAGUGUGAUUUUUUUAGAAUAAAUGUUUUAUAAAAGG